UUUGCCCUCACGUUUGAGUACUGCAAGACAACUCCGGGUCUCAGAGUAAGAACUACAAUUCCCACAAUGCCCCAGGCCAACAGCUCGCACCGGGUCACAUGGGAGUAAAACCACGCCGGAAAGCGUCCUCCCCAAUCCUUUGCGGCCGUCCAAGAUGGCGGCGCCCAGUGGCACCUUGAGCGAUGCAGAGAGCAGCAGCAGCAGCGAUGGCGAGGAGUUGGCGCGGUGCCGCGAGGCGGCGAUGCCAGCCUGGGGCUUGGAGCAGCACCCGCGGGGAGCAGAGAAACCAAGAGCUGAUGCUGCAGGUAACCAGUUGCCAACCUCUCGGCCAAGCCUCAGGUACUAUGGGCUUUGGGUAGCAGCUUCAUGCAUUCAGGAAGUGACACACUUUUGUGUGUGUUGUAGACACAAGGUGGAUGAGCACGAGCAAGAUGGCAAUGAGCUGCAGACUACCCCUGAGUUCCGAGCCCACGUAGCCAAGAAAUUGGGAGCCCUGCUGGACAGCUCCAUUACCAUCUCAGAAGUGGUGACAGAGCCCAGGAAAGCUGAGAGGCAGAAAGUGGCCCGGGAGGAUGACGGCUUCCGCCUCUUCUUCACAUCCGUCCCUGGAGGCCCUGAGGAAGAAGCUUCUCCCCGACCCCAAAAGCGAAGACCCCCCAGCUCCAGCAGCGAGGACAGCGAUGAAGAGUGGCAGCGGUGCCAGGAGGCAGCCGUGUCCGCGUCAGACAUUCUCCGGGAGUCCGCCAUCCAUGGCCCUGUCAAGGCAGAGAAGGAGUCCAAGCAGAAGAAAAGGAAGUUGAAAAAGAAAGCCACAACAGAGGCCAACAGUGACUGGGCCGUGGCCACCACCCCCACCAGUGGGCCCCAAGGCCAAAAGCAGGAAAAGGAAUCAGGCAAGGCCAAUGGGGACCAGGUGGCACUUGCGACCCAAAAGAAGAAAAAGGCCAAGAAGAAAAAGGCCAAGUCUUCCCCAUGCCCAGCAAACUGACCCACCA